GGCGGGCCGGCCCUGCCGGAGCGGGACGCUUGUAUAGGCCACUGGGAUCCCGGGUUCGGGCCUUAGCGCGCCGGCGGUGUUACUCCUUUGAAUAGGGGUUCGUGGGGUCACGGGACAGGGCCUCAUGGAGGCUGCUAGCACGGACACCUGCGAAAAAGGGGCCGAGGUGUUGGGGGCCGAGGGGUUGCCGGUGCCCAAGGCGAGGGUACACUUCGAAGUUACGAAGUUCAUCAUGGAGGCAGGUAUCAAACUAGGAAUGCGGUCCAUUCCCAUAGCCACUGCAUGCACCAUUUACCAUAAGUUCUUUGGCGAGGUCAACUUGGAUGCUUAUGACCCUUACCUGGUUGCCAUAUCUUCCAUCUACUUGGCUGGCAAAGUGGAGGAGCAGCACCUGCGUACUCGGGACAUCAUCAACGUGUCCAACAGGCAUUUUAACCCGGGCAGCAAGCCCUUGGAACUGAACUCACGAUUCUGGGCGCUCCGAGACAGCAUCGUGCAAUGUGAACUCCUUAUAUUGAGAGUUCUGCGCUUCCAGGUCUCCUUCCAGCAUCCACACAAGUACCUGCUUCACUACCUGAUUUCCCUGAAGAACUGGCUGAAUCGUUACACCUGGCAGCGGACUCCCAUCUCUGUCACAGCCUGGGCGCUGCUGCGGGAUAGCUACCAUGGAGGGCUGUGCCUCCGAUUCCAGGCUCAGCACCUAGCUGUGGCAGUGCUGUACCUGGCUCUACAUAUCUAUGGAGUUGAGGUGCCUGCUGAGUCCGAGAGUGAAAAGCCAUGGUGGCAGGUGCUUAGUGACGACCUUACCAAGCCAAUCAUUGAUAAUAUUGUGUCUGAUCUCAUUCAGAUUUAUUCCAUGGACACAGGGAUCCCCUAGCCCUGGCCCAGGCCUGCCCAAAGAGAAGCCAGGAUGGUCGGCUGCCUGGGGAUGGUGCCGCUAUGUUGCUGUGACGGCCAGUCCUGGGUGACUGGUUACACUGCUGGAGACGGGCUGGUGAAGGUGAUGACAUGCUGCGCCCUUGACUGUCCCCAGCAGCCUGGGUCCAGAGGAUGGCAAGACCGCGCCUCCAGCGGGCAGGCUGAGGGGUCAGGUCAUGUGACUGUCCUGAUGUGACCGCAUCUGUCCUUUCCCUUUGACAUGACUCUGACUGCGACGGAGGUGGGGAGUCACUGGCAGGAAAGUCAAAGAACAGAAGGGACUGCACUCCUUGGGCUUUUUUUAAAAGCCAGAUUUAUAGGAAGUAUGAAUGUGCAAGAUAGAUGGAAUUUUAUUUUGUGUAAUAAAAAUGAUGCAAAU